AUGAAGGACUCCCCGCCACCUCACUCGCCUCAAGAAGGCGAAAACCGAACCACCACUGCUGCGACGGUACCACCGGAAUAUGAAGCCCCUGCUCACAGCGCACUCAAAUCGCACGCCGACGUGCCGAGUACCAGCGGCGCCGGUGGCAAUGCCAGCACCAGCAAGGGCACCGAAAAAAUGGCCAGCAAGAAAGAGACUACUCCUGGCGGCUGCGGCGGUAGUGGUGGCGGUGGCCGAUCAGCAAGUGACUCGAGCGGGUCGAAGCUCUCGGAGGACGCGAUCGCGGAGCUACGCGAGGCUUUCGUGCUGUUCGACAAGGACGGCAAUGGCGCGAUCAGCACCAAAGAGCUGGGCACCAUGAUGCGCGCCCUCGACCAGAACACGACCGAGGCCGACCUCAAGGACAUGAUCGCCGAGGUAGACACCGAUGGCGACGGCACCAUCGACUUUGCCGAGUUCCUCGCCAUGAUGACCAAGAAGACGCACACUGCAGACACCGAAGAAGAGAUCCGCGAGGCGUUCAGAGUGUUCGACAGGGACGGGAAUGGCUUCAUCACUGCAACAGAGCUGCGCGACGUAAUGACCACGUUGGGCGAGAAACUUACGGACGAAGAAGUCGACGCCAUGAUACGGGAAGCUGACAUGGACGGAGACGGACAGAUCAACUAUGAAGAGUUCGUUGCACUAAUAAACUCAACGUAG